UCCUCACUUCUGCGAAUCUAGGGGAGACUACAUUACCCAGAGGUGUGCAUUGUGCGUCUGAGGAGGUCGCUGGCCAAUGACGGCCAGUCGUAGAGGCGUUUCCUGCGGCGCACGUACGUGGGCGGGACUUCCGGUUUCUCUCAGAGGACGCCAUUUGCCUCAGCCUUUCGCUUCUGGCUGGCUUUUAGGUGCCGAGAGCUGGCCUGCGUGGCUACUAGGGCAUUUCGUGGGGACUGAGCAGGAAAGGGGGAUGGGACUUCCUUUCGUGCCUUGGAACGGGCCGUGACUCCCUAAACGGGCGUGUGCACUGGUCGCCCGCCGGGCCAUGGCCUCUCCGGGCCUUCAGCACCCGCCCUUCGUCCCCGCAGUUCCCGAGGGCGGCGCCAGGUCUGGUGCGCCUUUUUCUCGGAGAGCGGCUGUCAGCCGAGGUCGCCUGGCCAAGGCGGGGCGGAGGCGAGGAGCAGCAGGCCGCCCGGUGCUCGCCUCUCCCAGCGUAGCUGGAACGCAGGGCCCCAUCAUGGCGGCGGCGCCGACCCACAAGACACAGGUGUCUGUGACUUUCGAUGAUGUGGCCGUGACUUUUACCCAGGAGGAGUGGAGGCAGCUGGACCCAGCUCAGAGGACCCUGUACCAGGAGGUGAUGCUGGAAAACUGCAGGCUCUUGGUGUCUCUGGGGUGUCCUGUUCCCAGAUCUGAGCUGAUCUACCAACUGGAGCAGGGGCAGGAGUUGUGGACAGUGAAGAAAGACCUCUCCCGAAGCACCUGUCCAGGUGACAAAGGAAAGCCCAAGACCACAGAACCUACCACUUGUGAGCCAGCCCUGUCUGAGGAAGUCUUAUUCCAGCAACAACUAAUACAAAGAGUUUCAGAGGACUCCCAGUUGGGCCAAAUCAAUGAUCAGGAAGGGUCACUGGAAAUGCAAGAAGGACACUUGAGACCAGAGAUAGAACCCCAGAAGGGCAAGCUCCCUGGGAAACCAAGCUCUGAAUAUGGCAGCUUAGGGACACCUGGUGGUGUGUGUUCAAAGAUUGUAGAGGAGCCAGUCCCUCCAGGAGGUGCUGUCCAUGACCAUGACUCAUGUGGAUCUGGUAAUGAUCUCAUGAUUCAGGAAGAGGAAAGUAUUUUUAAAUGCAACGAAUGUGGGAAAAUUUUUAAUAAGAAACGCCUCCUUGCUCGACAUGAGAGGAUUCACUCUGGAGUGAAGCCCUAUGAAUGCACAGAGUGUGGGAAAACCUUUAGUAAGAGCACUUAUCUCCUUCAACACCACAUGGUCCACACCGGGGAGAAGCCCUAUAAGUGCAUGGAGUGUGGCAAGGCCUUCAACCGCAAGUCACACCUUACACAACACCAGCGGAUUCACAGUGGAGAAAAGCCUUAUAAAUGCAAUGAAUGUGGAAAGGCCUUCACCCACCGCUCCACUUUUGUUUUGCAUAACAGGAGCCACACUGGAGAAAAACCCUUUGUGUGCAAAGAAUGUGGAAAAGCCUUCCGAGAUAGGCCAGGUUUCAUUCGACACUACAUUAUCCACAGUGGUGAGAAUCCGUAUGAGUGCUUUGAAUGUGGCAAGGUCUUUAAACACAGGUCAUACCUCAUGUGGCACCAGCAGAUUCACACUGGGGAGAAGCCCUAUGAAUGCAGUGAAUGUGGGAAAGCCUUCUGUGAGAGCGCAGCCCUCAUUCACCACUAUGUCAUCCACACUGGGGAGAAGCCCUUUGAGUGCCUCGAGUGUGGGAAGGCCUUCAACCACAGGUCAUACCUCAAGAGGCACCAGCGGAUUCACACUGGGGAGAAGCCCUAUGUGUGCACUGAAUGUGGAAAGGCCUUCACCCACUGCUCCACUUUUAUCUUGCAUAAACGGGCCCACACUGGAGAGAAACCUUUUGAGUGCAAAGAAUGUGGGAAAGCCUUUAGCAAUCGGGCAGACCUCAUUCGGCACUUCAGCAUCCACACUGGAGAGAAGCCCUACGAGUGCAUGGAGUGUGGGAAGGCGUUUAACCGCAGGUCAGGCCUCACCAGGCACCAGCGGAUUCACAGUGGAGAGAAGCCCUAUGAAUGCCUCGAGUGUGGGAAAACCUUCUGCUGGAGCACAAACCUCAUUCGACACUCCAUCAUCCACACUGGAGAGAAGCCCUAUGAGUGCAGUGAGUGUGGAAAGGCCUUCAGUCGCAGCUCAUCCCUCACUCAGCAUCAGAGGGUUCAUACUGGGAGAAACCCUGUCAGCGUGACAGAUGUGGGAAGAACCUUCACAAGUGGGCAAUCCUCAGUCAAUCUUCAAGAACUCCUAUUGGGGAAAGACUUUUUGCAUUGUCCCGUGAGCGCCUGCCGGGGCCCCGACCCCGUCCCCGCAGCUCUGACGCGACGGCCUGGGCCUCGUGCGCAUUUUGCGCCUGGGAAACUGAGGCUCAGAGUGCGACCGUCGGCCGAGGUGACCCCUCCCAACCCCAACCCCCUCACCCCCCUGCUCUGGGCAGGAGGCGGGCGGCUGAAUCCUGGAGCCGCCUCUCUGGCCCCGCUCUCUCCUCACGGUCCCGUGAUGGCGGCGGGGUGGUUGGACCCGGCACGGCCCCAAGACCAACACAACUGCGUCUGCUUGACUUUCCAGAUGAUUGUUACUUAUGAGGACGUGGCCGUGACUUUUACCCAGGAGGAGUGGGGGCAGCUGGACCCCGCCCAGAGGACCCUGUACCAGGAGGUGAUGCUGGAGACCUGCGGGCUCCUGGUCUCUCUGGGAUGUCCUUUGCCCAAGCCAGAGCUGAUCCACCCACUGGAGCACAGCCCAGAGUUACAGACGUGGAAGAGAGGCCUUUCCUCAAGCUCCUGCCCAGUUCGGGAGUCUGGGAAAUCCAGGAUCAAGGGGCUGGCAGAUCUGGCAUCUGAUGAGGGCCUGCUCCUUGGUGUGCAGAUGGCAGGCUUUUCAUUCUGUCCUCACAUGGCAGAGAAAAGAAGCAAGCUCCUUAGUAUCUUUUCUGGUGGCAACACAAAAGCUGAUACCACAGAGCCUACCCCUUCUCACCGGGCGUUGUCUGAGGAAGUCUCACCCCAGGAACAACUGACUCAGCGAGCCUCAGGGGACUCCCUGUUGGGACAAACCAAGGAUCAGGAUGGACCACUGGAAAUGCAUGAAGUCCACUUGAGACCAGGGAUGGACCCCCAGAGGGAGAAGCUCUCUGGGAAAAUGAGCCCUGAACAUGGUGGUUUAGGGACACAUGAUGGUCUUCACUCAAGGAUUGUUCAGCAGCGAGUCUUUCCAGGAGAUAUUCUUUAUGAAUGUGACUCACGUGGACCAGUGAAAGGACCCUUGAUACAUGAAGGGAAACACCUCUAUAAGUGUGAGGAAUGUGGGAAAGUUUUUAACAAGAAUUGCUUCCUUGUUCGACAUGAGCAGAUUCACUCUGGCGUGAAGCCCUAUGAAUGCACAGAGUGUGGGAAAACCUUUAUUAAGAGCACACACCUCCUCCAGCACCACAUGAUCCACACCAGGGAGAGGCCCUAUGAGUGCACAGAGUGCGGGAAGGCCUUCAACCGCAGGUCACACCUCACGAGGCACCAGCGGAUUCACACUGGAGAGAAGCCUUACAAGUGCAGUGAGUGUGGAAAGGCCUUCACCCACCGCUCCAAUUUAGUCUUACAUAACAGAAGCCACACUGGUGAAAAACCCUUUGUGUGCAAAGAAUGUGGGAAAGCCUUUCGAGAUAAGACAGGUUUCCUUCGACACUACAUCAUCCACACGGGAGAGAAGCCCUUUGAGUGUGUGGUGUGUGGGAAAUCCUUCAACCGCAGAUCACAUCUCACCUGGCACCAGCAGAUUCAUAGUGGAGUGAGACCCUUUGAAUGCAAUGAAUGUGGGAAAGGCUUUUGUGACAGCACAGACCUCAUCCAACACUAUGUCAUCCACACUGGAGAGAAGCCAUACAAGUGCCUUGAGUGCGGGAAGGCCUUCUACCGCAGGUCACACCUCAAGCAGCACCAGCGGAGUCAUACCGGGGAGAAGCCCUAUGUGUGCGGUGAAUGUGGAAAGGCCUUUACCCACUGUUCCACUUUUAUCUUACAUAAAAGAGCCCACACUGGAGAAAAACCCUAUGAAUGCAAAGAAUGUGGGAAAGCCUUUAGUAAUCGGUCAGACCUCAUUCGACACUUCAGCAUCCACACUGAAGAGAAGCCUUAUGAGUGCAUGGAGUGUGGGAAAGCCUUUAACCGUAGGUCAUACCUCACCAGACACCAGCGGAUUCACAGUGGAGAGAAGCCCUAUGAAUGCAUGGAAUGUGGCAAAGCCUUUUGCCAAAGGGCAAACCUCAUUCGACAUGCCAUCAUCCACACUGGAGAGAAGCCCUAUGUGUGCACUGAAUGCGGAAAGGCCUUUACCUACUGCUAUACUUUUAUCUUGCAUAAAAGGGCCCAUAUUGGAGAAAAACCUUUUGAGUGCAAAGAAUGUGGGAAAGCUUUUAGCACUAGGAAAGACCUCAUUCGACACAUUAGCAUCCAUGCUGGAGAGAAGCCCUAUGAGUGCAUGGAGUGCGGGAAGGCCUUUAACCGCAGGUCAGGCCUCACCAGGCACCAGCGGGUUCACAGUGGAGAGAAGCCCUAUGAAUGCCUCGAGUGUGGGAAAACCUUCUGCUGGAGCACAAGCCUCAUUCGACACUCCGUCAUCCACACAGGAGAGAAGCCCUAUGAGUGCAGUGAGUGUGGAAAGGCCUUCAAUCGCAGCUCAUCCCUCACUCAGCAUCAGAGGGUUCAUACUGGGAGAAACCCUGUCAGCGUGACAGAUGUGGGAAGAACCUUCACAAGUGGGCAGUCCUCAGUCAGUCUUCAAGAACUCCUAUUGGGGAAAGACUUUUUGCAUGUAACGACUGAGGAAAAUCUUUUGCCAGAGGUAGCAUCUUAGAAUCUGAUCAUUCAUACCAAAGAGAAACCUCUCAUUUUUCUUCCCCAUGAGAAAAGCUAUUGCAGGAUAUCAGUUGUCAUCUAAAGAGUCAUCUUAGAAAUGGCCUCAGCCUAGAAACUUAUUCUGUAUCUGAAAAUUCACACAGGAGAGUGAUCCAAUCUUUAUUGUGCACUUAGCAAAACCCUCAGCCACAUCUUUCUCCUUAGCUUACGCUACAAAAUUAUCUCAGGGAUAUUUGUAAACAAAAGAGGAGGAGACGAGAAAAGAGAAAAAUGCAAACACAGUUUUCAGAUUUCAGUGAUGAGCCUGUGGCAAUUUGUCAUCCCUUCCUUAGUUUAGUUGAGGCAAGGGGAGUGUUGUUGCAGAGAUCAGAGGGCCUUGUUCCUUUUAUUUGUCUUGAAUAUACAUGCACCUGCUGUCCAGUGUCAGGAGAGUUAGUUGAGAAUAUGUCUGAAAAUAUUUACUGCAAGCCAACUUUGUUCUACAACAUCGUCUCUAUCCUUGAGUAGCAUAUGUCUUUAUGAGAAAUAUGAAGGCUUGACUUAUGAAAUACUUUCAUAUUUAAGGAGAUAAAGAUGUAUGUAUGAGUGGGCCCGUUUUACUGCAUACUUAAGACUGAUUUUUUGAGAACAUACUGUGUCAUGUGUCUUUAACCACCCAACACUCAUACUUAAUCUACUUGUUCAUUCUUUUUUUUUCUGUGGGGUGACAAUGACAGUGUAGCUGUGCGACCUUUCCAGAUGAAUCCCAGUUCUUCCCUCUGAUUCCUCCUUAGAGAAGUUUCUUCAGGUCCACCUCAGUGACUUUGUAGAGGUCGAAUUAGAGCCAGAAAAAAUAAAACACAUAGCUAAAUUAAGCUAAAGGAUAAUGAUACAUGCAGAGAGGUAGUCUCAUUUUUAAUCUUACAAAAGAUUGUGUGAAGAGUCACUGUCAAGGAAACUGACUAGAAUUUUAACAGAUGAUAUGAGCAUGUGUGGGUGCAGGUACAUGUGUGUUCCACAGUUGUUGCCAUUGGCUUAGUCCCAGUAUAAUGACUAAAUGACUAGUAUCUUUUGUCAGGGUAUUUUGAAAUUACUUCUUUGGAGUUUUGGAGUUUUUUGUUUUUGUUUUGUUUUUUGUUUUUUGUUUUUUUUUUUUUGAGCAAUGUGAUAGUAUUCCUUCAUGUUAAGAAAUAUACUGUACAGAAAGACAUAAAAAUAAUCAUGCAUUCACUCUGAACCCUCCUCAGGGCCUUUCAAAUGACCGCAUGUCUAGUUUUGUAUUCCCAUUGAAGGCCAAGUCAUUUUUGUUAUGUUAAUCCAUGGCAUUAUUGUGAAGGCCCCUUCUUCAUGCUUUUCAUGUCUUGUCUAAGAAGUCUUCAGCAAGCUCUAGGUCCUGAAUAUUUUCUCCUAAAAGUCUUAUAGUUUUACCAUAUAUAUAUAUAUAUAUUUUUUUUUUUUUUUUUUUUUUUUUUUUUUUUUUUGGUAUGCGGGCCUCUCACUGUUGUGGCCUCUCCCGUUGCGGGGCACAGGCUCCGGACGCGCAGGCUCAGCGGCCAUGGCUCACAGGCCCAGCUGCUCCACGGCAUGUGGGAUCUUCCCAGACCGGGGCACGAACCUGUGUCCCCUGCAUCGGCAGGCGGACUCUCAACCACUGCGCCACCAGGGAAGCCCUUAUCUUUUAUAUUUAAAUCUCUAGUCCAUGUUGAAUUAAUUUUUGUAUUACCAUGUGAAGUUUAGGUUGUGUUUUUUGCCUCAGGAUGUUCAGUUGUUCUGGUACCAUUCGUGGAAAAGACUGCCCUGCCUCUAUUGAAGUGAACUUAGUAAAAAAUAAGUUGGGCAUAUUCAUUUUGGUCUAUUUCUGAGUUCUUUAUAUUAUCCCAUUGAUCUGGGUAUUUAAACCUCUGCUAAUACCACAUUAUCUUGAAUACUGUAACUAUCAUUAAAUCUUAAAAUUGGGUAAAGUGAUUCCAUCUUCUUUAUUGUUUUUAAAAAUUGAUUUAGCUUUCCAUGUCAAUUUUUCCUUUGGUUUUCUAUAUAAAUUUUAUCAUGUGUUUGUCUAUAUUUUAAAAACAUCUUGUGGGAUUUUUUAUAGAUGAUACAUUGUGGAUCAUUUUGGUGAGAUUUGGCAUCUUUAUUAUGUUGAGUCUUCCAUUCCAUGAACGUGGUAUGUCUCUCCAUUUAUUUAGAUUCUCUGAUUUAUUUCAUUAGUGUUUUAUAAUUUUCACCUUACAGAUUCUGAACAUAUUUUGUUAGAUCUUCAUCCAUACACCUUUUCUUGGAGUCUUUAUAUGUGGUAUUGAGAUUUUAAUUUCAGUUUGCUCAUUAUCAUUACUGUUAUAGGGAAAUAUUAAUUUUUAUAUGUUGACCUUGUAUCCUGUGCCCUUGCUGGACUCAGUUAUUAGUUCUAGCAGGGUUUUUUUUUUUUUUUUGGUAGAUUCAUCAGGAUUUUCUUCAUAAGCAAUAAUGUUAUCAGUGAAUAGUGAACAUCUUACUUCUUCCUUAUGUGUAUCAGUUUUAUUUCCUUUUCCUGUCUUUAUUCUACUAGCUAGAAUUUCCUGUCCAAUGUUGAAUAGAAAUGGUGAAAGAGCACACACUUGUCUUAUUCUUUUUGUUUUUUAAUAAAUUUAUUUAUUUUU